AUGAGGCGGAUUGGAGAUAUUGUAAAUGGGAUCUCUCCAUUGGCUCUUAUCAGUAAUCUGACUUCUCUGAACACCCUAAUAUUGAGGAACUGCAAGAUAUAUGGUGAUCUCGGAGCAGUAGAUUUUUCUAUGUUUGAAAAGUUAAGCUUGCUGGACCUAAGUUUUAACAAUAUCACAGGGAAAGUUUCUCAAUCCAUCCUGAAUUUGGGAAAUCUACAGUUCUUGUUUCUUGGGAACAAUAACCUUGCAGGAAGGUUGCCUGAUGGUAUAAGCUCUUCCUUAAAAGCGAUAGAUUUUUCGUACAAUCAACUCACUGGGAGCAUUCCUUCUUGGGCUAGCCAAAACAAUUUACAGUUGAAUUUGGUGGCAAACAACUUUUUACUCGGUAGCACCAGUAACAGUAGACUACCUUGGGGGCUAAACUGCCUCCAACAAGACACUCCUUGUUUCCGUGGAUCUCCAAAAUAUUAUUCUUUUGCGGUUGACUGUGGUAGUAAUACAUCAACGAGAGGAUCAGAUAAUACCAUUUAUGAAGCAGAUCCUGCAAAUCUUGGAGCUGCAACAUAUUAUGUUACUGGUCAAACAAGAUGGGGUGUCAGCAGUGUAGGACACUACUUCCGGGCCACAGAUGCAAAGAACAUUAUAUAUAGUUCCCAAAAUUUUAACAAUGUAGUUGAUUCAAAGUUGUUUGAAACUGGAAGGGUGUCGCCAUCAUCUCUGAGGUAUUACGGCCUUGGACUUGAAAAUGGAAAUUACACAGUUCUGCUUCGAUUUGCAGAAAUUGCUUUUCCGGACUCACAGACUUGGCUAAGCUUAGGGAGAAGAGUUUUUGACAUAUAUAUUCAGGGUGCUUUGAAAGAAAAGGAUUUUGAUAUAAGGAAGACGGCAGGUGGAAAGUCUUUUAGCGUUGUUAAUAGGAGUUUCAUGGUAACUGUGUCUAAAAAUUUUCUCGAGAUCCAUCUAUUCUGGGCUGGUAAGGGCGGGGGAAUCUAUGGGCCAAUGAUCUCAGCAUUGAGUGUCACUCCAAAUUUUACUCCUACUGUGCGAAAUGGCAUACCAAAAAGCGAAAGUAAAGUAGGUAUAAUUGCCGGAAUAUCUAUUGGUGCAAUAGUUUUAGUAUUAGCAGCAUUAUUUGGAGUGUUUACGCUGUUAAAGAAGCGGAGGGCAUUGGCAUAUCAAAAAGAAGAACUGUACUAUUUGGUUGGACAACCUGAUGUUUUCAAUUAUGCUGAGCUCAAGCUAGCCACCGACAAUUUCAGUUCUCAAAAUAUCCUAGGGGAAGGUGGAUUCGGGCCGGUGUAUAAGGGUAAGCUACAUGAUAAAAGAGUUAUAGCUGUGAAGCAACUUUCUCAGUCAUCUCAUCAGGGGGCAAGCGAGUUUGUGACAGAGGUUGCAACAAUUUCGGCCGUGCAACAUCGGAAUCUUGUGAGAUUGCAUGGAUGUUGUAUUGACAGUAAAACACCCUUGUUGGUUUAUGAAUACCUUGAAAAUGGAAGCUUGGAUCAAGCAAUCUUUGGUGACAGUAGCUUAAACCUAGACUGGGUAACACGCUUCGAAAUCAUUUUAGGCAUAGCAAGUGGUCUAACUUAUCUUCAUGAGGAGUCAAGUGUGCGCAUUGUGCACAGGGACAUCAAAGCCAGCAAUGUCUUACUUGACACUGACCUCACCCCAAAGAUCUCUGAUUUUGGACUUGCCAAACUCUAUGAUGAGAAGCAAACUCAUGUGAGCACUAGAAUUGCAGGCACAUUGGGCUAUCUAGCUCCAGAGUAUGCAAUGAGAGGCCAUUUGUCAGAAAAGGCUGAUGUUUUUGCAUUUGGAGUGGUUAUGCUGGAGACUGUCGCUGGGCGACCGAACACGAACAAUUCCCUGGAGGAAAACAAGAUCUAUCUCCUUGAAUGGGCAUGGGGCAUGUAUGACAAGGAUCAGGCGCUCGAAAUUGUUGACCCAACUAUCAAGGAUUUUGAUAAGGAUGAAGCUUUUAGAGUCAUCAAUGUUGCACUUCUCUGCACUCAGGGCUCACCGCACCAGCGACCACCAAUGUCGAGGGUCGUGGCAAUGUUGACUAGAGAUGUCGAUGUGCCUAAAGUGGUCACGAAGCCAAGCUACAUCACUGAGUGGCAGCUCAGGGGUGGUGGCAACAACGGUAACACCUCCAAUAGCUAUGCAGGAUCCAGCUACCAGCCCGAAGUUCAGUAGGGAAAAGAUAUCACCAAAGUUUGUCUCCAUUGAAGGUGAAUUUAUAGUAGAAAUUAUCCGGGCUAUCGACAUUGGGUUCAAAUGACAAUAUUGUAGAUCCCUUUUUUAACAUAAUUUUGUGUCCGCGUGAGUUAGAGCAAAUAUUGGAAUUACUUAUCCUGAACUCUUUCAUGGUAAUAAUAAUUUGCUUCUAAUAAUUUGUAAAUAGUGAAUAACCGUGGUGUAUUUACUACUUAAAA